CACCUCCCCCUCCCGCACCGAGACUCGCCGCCGCCGCCGCCGCAGGAGUAGCCGCCGCCGGAGCCGCGCGCAGCCAUGGCCGAGAACCCUGGCCUGGAGAACCACCGCAUCAAGAGCUUUAAGAACAAGGGCCGCGAUGUGGAACAUUUAGCAGCCCCGGUUUUGAAAUGAGAAUUGAAGUGACCCAAGGUUAGCUAUUGCUAGGGCAAUACGAUAGAAGCACAGGAGGCAGAAGUGUUGAAGCAUGAGGACUAUGUAAGAAGGAAACAAAAACAAGAAGGGUUGAUAAAUUGAGAGAAAAUCAAGGAGGAGUUGUUGAAGACACCAGGGAUGUUGUCAGGACUUGGUUUGGAGAGGAAGAUGGAGCCAGCUGCCUGAGUCUUCAACAAUGCGAAGACACAGAAAUGAAGUGACAGUUGAACUACGAAAGCAUUAUUCAUGGUGCCCAAGACAUGGAGACAACCCAAGUGUCCUUCCAUAGAGGACUGGAUAAAGAAGACGUGAACAAAAGAGAUGAACACUUACUGAAAAAAAGGAAUGUUCCUCAAGAAGAAAGUUUAGAAGAUUCAGAUGUUGAUGCUGAUUUUAAAGCACAAAAUGUAACACUAGAAGCUAUAUUGCAGAAUGCCACCAGUGAUAACCCAGUGGUCCAGCUGAGUGCUGUCCAAGCUGCAAGAAAACUAUUAUCCAGUGACAGAAACCCACCAAUUGAUGAUUUAAUAAAAUCCGGGAUUUUACCAAUUCUUGUCAAAUGUCUAGAAAGGGAUGAUAAUCCUUCAUUACAGUUUGAAGCUGCUUGGGCAUUAACUAAUAUAGCAUCAGGAACUUCUGCACAGACUCAAGCUGUUGUACAGUCUAAUGCCGUACCUCUUUUUCUGAGACUUCUUCAUUCACCACAUCAGAAUGUUUGUGAGCAAGCAGUAUGGGCGUUGGGAAACAUUAUAGGUGAUGGUCCUCAAUGUAGAGAUUAUGUCAUAUCACUGGGAGUUGUCAAACCUCUUCUGUCCUUCAUCAAUCCCUCCAUUCCCAUCACCUUCCUUCGGAACGUCACAUGGGUCAUUGUCAAUCUCUGCAGGAAUAAGGACCCCCCACCGCCUAUGGAGACAGUUCAGGAGAUUUUGCCAGCAUUAUGUGUCCUUAUAUACCAUACAGACAUAAAUAUUCUUGUAGAUACUGUUUGGGCUCUGUCAUACCUGACAGAUGGAGGUAAUGAGCAGAUACAGAUGGUUAUUGAUUCAGGGGUUGUUCCAUUUCUUGUGCCCCUUCUGAGUCACCAGGAAGUGAAAGUUCAAACGGCAGCCCUCAGAGCAGUUGGCAACAUAGUGACUGGCACCGACGAGCAGACCCAGGUUGUUCUCAACUGUGAUGUCCUGUCACACUUCCCAAAUCUUUUGUCACACCCAAAGGAGAAGAUAAAUAAAGAAGCAGUGUGGUUCCUUUCCAACAUAACAGCAGGCAACCAACAACAAGUUCAAGCUGUAAUAGAUGCUGGAUUAAUCCCUAUGAUUAUUCAUCAGCUUGCUAAGGGGGACUUUGGAACACAAAAAGAAGCUGCUUGGGCAAUUAGCAACUUAACAAUAAGUGGCAGAAAAGAUCAAGUUGAGUACCUUGUACAGCAGAAUGUAAUACCACCGUUCUGUAAUUUACUGUCAGUAAAAGAUUCUCAAGUUGUUCAGGUGGUUCUAGAUGGUCUGAAAAACAUUCUGAUAAUGGCUGGUGAUGAAGCAAGCACAAUAGCUGAAAUAAUAGAAGAAUGUGGAGGUUUGGAGAAAAUUGAAGCUUUACAGCAACAUGAAAAUGAAGAUAUAUAUAAAUUAGCAUUUGAAAUCAUAGAUCAGUAUUUCUCUGGCGAUGAUAUUGAUGAAGAUCCUAGCCUCAUUCCUGAAGCAACACAAGGAGGUACUUACAAUUUUGACCCUACAGCCAACCUUCAAACAAAAGAAUUUAAUUUUUGAGUUCAAUUGAGUGCAGCAUCUUUCCCACAUUCAGUAUGAAGCACCACCAGAUGGCUACCAAAUGAGAAGAACAACAAAAGGCUCCAAAACACAAAUGCCUCUUCGUUUUGAUGCUUCUAAAGCAAGCCAUGUCUCAGUCACUUUGCAGUUGCCAAAAGUCACUAUCACAUGGACUGUAAAUGCAUAUGCAUGAUUUCCUAAACUGUUUUAGAAUUCUCCUUAACAAUUUCAACUACCCUAUUAUUCCCUGUUCCCUGGUGCCACACGCUAACAACUGCAAUCUCCAGUUUAGAAUAUUCCAUAGUGGUGGCACGUCAGCUGUCCACUUGAUAUUCCUUUGGAAAAUGGUGCGCUGUGGAUCAAGACACUUUGGUAUGAUGUAUAUACACGUUGGAAGACUUUAAAGAGGUGCAGCCUGAUCUGAGCCUCCAUCAUUGUCCUCCACAAACAUAUUUUCAUAUUCUUUAUGUGGAAAAAUAGAUUUUAAAGUACAAGCCAAAUGAUUUUCAUUGGUGGAACUGACACACAAAAAGUAACUUAAAAAAAGAAAUUAUUGAUUAAACAGAUAAGUUUUGAAAAACUGUACUUCAUCUACCAGUAAUUGAUGUGUUUGUUAUCUGCCUCAGAAGCCAGGGUUGGAGGAAGAACUUUAGCUAUGGAUGGCUUUCGCCAUUAUACCUAAUUUUUGAGAACAGCAAGCCCUAUUUGACCACUUACUUCAGCCUGUGUGUUCCUGCUGUUUUGAAGUAAUCAAAUGCUGUGCAUGGUAUUUUACCUGAGCUGCAACCUGUUAUGGACUUGAACUUCUGUUUAAGUUGAAAGCAAGAGUCCCUGACUAUAAAGAAAAAAACUAAGGUCUAAAGUACACAUUGGUGGUGUUAAAAAAAGAAAAUCUUGCUUUUAGCUUUCAGGAGUUAAUAUUUUCAUUUUCAAUUGAUAAUUGAAUAUGGUUGAUUUGUAUUGGGUUUAAACUGUGGAGCUUUCAUGUUUACUGUAAUUUAGUCUUAAAACAUUUUUUACUUAGUAACCAGUGCUUUUGAUAAUGUGGUUGGCAACAGACCAGCAACUAUUAAGGAGUGUCAUCAAACUUCAUUCUUUGAGUAUUGGGAAAGUUAAUUCAGAUCUUACUCUAAGCAUAUUCACAUAUUAAAAGAUUCAGACACGAUCUGUGUAGAAGAAUAAUCUGCAGUUAUUUAACAUAAACCUGAUUUGCAGUGAUCUUUAAGUACAUAUGGAAAAUAUGGUAUUACUAUACCAGUCACUGCUUUUGGUAAAUUGUUUGACCCCAUUAUUAAUGAAAAAAUAUGAAUUUGAAAUUUGUAAAACUGAAUAAUUUGUGCUAUCACCUAAAUGGUUUUAUUGCUAUUGUUUACUGGGUAUUGAUUUUCAAUGCAUUGAUGUGAAGAGAUAGAAAACCUAAACUAAUUUAGUUAUCCAAUGAGGGGGGGAGUGUAUAUUUACUGUGAUGAAGAUGAAAUAGAUGCCAUCAGAACUUUGUGAAUCAGCUGGGGUGUUUUCACUGGUAAGCAACACAUAGCAGGCGUGCAUUCAUUACAAAUAUAUGUAUCUGCCAAGGUGGAGCCACUUUAAAGAGUGAAUUUUGUCUUGUAUCUAAAGUGGAUACAAGUGUAUGUUUAAACUGCAAGAUUUUUACUUGCUAGAGAAUCUGUUUUAAUAUAGUGGUUUCGCCUCUGAUUAUUUAUAGGUUUUAUAAAUUUUAAAAUCAAUUUCUCUUUAAGGUGGCUCAGACUUUUCAACUCUUGUGCACAUAAAAUUGAGUUGAAGUUCAUUGUGCCUUUUUUCUUUAUCCAAAUUUUGAGUUAAAGCUUCAUAUGGUAACUGCAUCCUGUUCAGACACUGUAGUCUAAAUUUUUGAAAAUGUGUGGUGUUCCCUACAAGUAGGAAAUAACAGAGUCAAAGCUAAUUAAGGUCACAAAUUUCGGUGAAACCCUUAAAGUCUAAAUCUUCUUGAUAUUGUGAAUUGUACCCCUUUCCAGUUUAGUUUCUCCUGGACUUUCCAUACUUACUGACAGUUACCUUUUAAAUUUUGCACACAAUGAGAUUAAAUUGGGCCUCCAUUAUGCCGAUUCCUGUUUCCUCUUGUGUUUUAAGUGCAAACUAACAUAAGUGAACAUUAGCAUCAAGUAGUGCAACGUAUGUAUGCAUUUGCUUGAUUCAAUUUGUUGUGACCUUAUCAGUUUUGAAUUGGAAUUGCGCCAUUUCAUUGAUAAAGAAAGCUAAGUAUAUUGUUGCACUUUUAAGUUUUCAAAACAGUGUUGAAAAAUUGCAUUGUUUUUAUUUUUUUUAAACUCAGUUAAAAGACUAAACUGUUCUUUCAAAAGAGGCAUCUAAAUGUGUUCCUAAUUUUGUAUAUGGGCUUAGGUUUUGUAACCAAUAAAAAAAAAGCUGCUAUCAAAUAUGAUAAAACAUUGAAGAACUUA